AAUUUUCCUUUGUCGCUCGCUCUGUCCCUCCCUCGAUGGUGGCAAUUCUCGCGAUUUCAUGGUGGACAGAAACCCUAACCCUAUGCCUCACUGUUUGUUGCUGCUGAAUCCGAAUGGAAUCGGAGAAGGUCCUGAACACUAGGCUUCUCUCGAUCAACAGCGUUCGCAGCAACAAAGCCAUGCCCGUUGAGCUACCUCAGAAACCGCCGCCACCGUCGCUGCUCGACCGGUUCAGGGCCCUGCUUAGUCAGCGCGAAGAGGAGCUCAACGCCGUCUCCGGAGAGGAUGGAGUUACGCCGCUACGCACGGAGGAGAUUGUUCAUCUCUACGAGGUCGUUUUGGCCGAGCUCACAUUCAAUUCCAAGCCCAUCAUCACUGAUCUCACCAUAAUCGCCGGGGAACAGCGGGAACAUGCCGAAGGCAUUGCCAAUGCUAUCUGCGCACGAAUCCUCGAGGUUCCAGUUGAGCAAAAGCUGCCUUCUCUCUAUCUUUUGGACAGUAUUGUUAAGAACAUUGGGCGAGAAUACAUCCGUUGCUUCUCUUCCCGUUUACCCGAGCUCUUCUGCGAGGCAUACAGGCUAGCACAUCCGAGUGUGCAUCCUUCGAUGCGCCACCUGUUUGGGACAUGGACAUCUGUAUUUCCAUCUUCUGUAUUACGCAAGAUUGAGUUGCAACUGCAGUUUUCUUCUGCCGCCAACCACCAAUCUUCUUCGAGGACUUCUGAACCUCCUCAACCAACAAGAGGCAUACAUGUGAAUCCAAAGUAUAUACGCAGGCUGGAGCCUUUGGCUGCAGAAAGUACUUUGAGAGGAGUCAAUUCUAGUGAAAGAGUAUAUGGCCAAAAUUCUGUAGCUGGAUAUGAUGAUCCUGAAGAUCAGUUAGAGGGUCCAUCUUCUCUGAUAGGAACAAGAGCUAGUGCAGUAGGAAAAUUUUCCCGCGUAUCCUCGGCAAUUGGAGGUGGAGCUGACAGUUUUCCUAGGAGAUUUAGUGACGGGGCAUCUGCUUUUAAUCCAGCCCUUAGUUACGGAGUCGGUCAUUCCACAGGCAGAGAUGAUGAACAAAGUGAAUGGCGAAGAAAGGACAUACUGCGCAAUGGAAAUUAUCGCCAAGGACCCAGAGCUUUGAUUGACGCAUAUGGAGUUGACACUAGCAAACAUGUUACAAACAUUAAACCAAUUCACUCGGGAAAGAUUGAUAUAAAUGGUAUGCAGGGUACGGUGGCUACGACAUCAUGGCAGAACACUGAAGAAGAAGAGUUUGAUUGGGAGGACAUGAGCCCUACACUGGAUCGUAGCAGGACUGGUAAAUUUCUGAGAUCAUCCCCCCCAGCAGUAGGAAGUGUAAGGGCAAGGCCCAGAUUAGGUUUAUCGUCAUCGAGCAGUGAAUUGGAGGUUCCUCCAUUUGACAGGGGCUCUUCUGUGCUAUCAAGAAUCGGACCUUCUGGUGCUGAUUCUAUCCCCGAUGGAUUGAAACCACCAAUAUCAACAGGGACAUGGUCACAUUUAAAUGUGCGUGGAUCCCACUCUCUACCUGUACCUUCUAUUCACUUGCAACAUUCGGUUAAUCCUGGUAAUGGAAUGUCAAAUCGCUUGCCUGGUAAGCCUUUGUAUAGGCCUGAGAACCAGGUUUCCCAGUCAUAUAGUCAUUUUAAUUCUUUGACUCAACAGAACCAGUUGCAAAUAAACUCUUUGGCAUCUUCGUCUGCAAUGGCUCCAAGGCCAAUGCAGCCUCUGGUUCCUCAUGUAAGUCACGGAUACCAUCCACAAGGGCCAACAAUUAGACCCCCUUUACCGAUACAUGGUGUACCAAAUAAUUCUUUCAGUGUGGGGGGUGGAGCCAUGCCUCCUCUUCCUUCAGGGCCUUUAUGUCAGUUAGGAUCCGUCUCUCAGAAUGUAUCAUCAGCAAUCUCUAAUCAACCACCAGGAGCAUUUUCUGGUCUGAUUGGCUCUCUCAUGGCUCAAGGUUUGAUAUCAUUAAACAAUCAGCCUGCUACCGAGGAUUCGCUGGGGCUUGAAUUUGACGCGGACUUGAUCAAAGCACGUCAUGAAUCUGCAGUAAGUGCUUUAUAUGCGGAUCUACCAAGACAAUGCACAACAUGUGGUCUUCGUUUCAAGUGCCAAGAAGAGCACAGCAGCCACAUGGAUUGGCAUGUUACAAGAAACAGGAUGUCCAAGAGCCGUAAGCAGAAGCCUUCUCGGAAAUGGUUUGUAAGCGCUAGCAUGUGGCUUAGUGGCGCAGAGGCACUGGGAACUGAAGCAGCGCCUGGGUUCUUACCGGCUGAACCAACAGAAGAAAAGAAAGACGAUGAAGAGUUGGCUGUUCCAGCCGACGAAGAUCAAACUUCAUGCGCGUUAUGUGGUGAGCCAUUUGAAGACUUCUACAGUGAUGAAACCGAGGAAUGGAUGUAUAGAGGUGCCGUGUACAUGAAUGCCCCCGAUGGUUCAGCGGCAGGCAUGGAGAAGUCUCAGUUAGGUCCUAUAGUGCAUGCAAAAUGCAGAUCAGAGUCCAAUGGGGGUGAUAUGGAAGAGGGUAAUCAAAGAAAAAAAAUGCGGAGUUGACCCCGUUUGACAGACUUGUAGGUCCUUAACUUUAUAAUAUGAGUUUGUUUCUUCUUCUGCAUCAUCAUCUAUCUGCAUUUCUGCACCCAAUACUUUACGCAUCUACCGUCUUCUGAUCUGGAAUUCUUGUAUUACCAUGCACAAAAAGAGGUUACGUUCUGCCAUAUUCCAUGCCCUCUAAACCCUAUUGCGAGCUAGGAUGCAUAGUUUUCUUGCUGGAAACGUUAAAUAAACAGAAAAUUUAUCAAAACCAGACAGUGACGGAUCACAGAGUCUGUGGAUUGCUGUGUCUGUAUGUUGUUGCUUUUGGCAUGUUGAGAUAUUGCAGGGGAAGAAGCUUGAGAAGUCUCUUUCCGGACAACAAGAUUCUUUGAUGGGUUUGAGUUGAGAUCUCAUCUGCAUAAAAUUGGGGGUUUUGAGACUGUUUAUGGUUUUUUUUUUUUUACAUUGAAGAACAUAAUUGAAGGGAUGGAACGAUGUCAAACAGGAUCAUAAUUAGAGGCCGAUGUGUUCAUGCUGUUUCUUUUGCAUUUUUUUUUUAUAAAUGUUUCUUUUGCAUUUGUGUUAUGGACUGAACAAUUUUUCUUUUCAA